AUGUCCUAUCUACACUGCGCAAGAACAUCAACGAUUCUCUCAUCCAAAUUCCUCCUUCAAUCUCUCCCGCGAAUCCACAACAAAUCUAUCCCCUCUCUCCUCACAGAAUCUCAAUCCCGCCCUUUCUCCCAUCUCCUCUCCCACCAACACAUCCCCGCACAACAAUCGCCAACUAACACAUCCCCCUUCCGCCUCUUUCAGCCAUCCAUUACCCCCGCGCAACCAACGACAACAACGCUCUCUCCAUCUGUAUCCCUGUUAGCAUUAAUUCCCGGUGCGACUGCUCGCCCAUUCUCCGCCUCAGCAGCCCUGGGCGGAAAGCGGGAUACAUACAACCCCAGCCGGAGGGUACAGAAACGCCGCCACGGUUUCCUGGUGCGAUUGAAGACGAAUAGUGGACGGAAGAUUUUGGCUAGGAGACGGGCGAAAGGGAGGAAGUUUUUGAGUUGGUAG